AGAAAAAUCAUAAUUUAAAAUCUAAAUGGAAACCCCAAAGGUAUACAUAAACAAUUCCAAUGGAUUGGAAGUUGAUGAGACUUUCGGAUUCCAGUUUGAAAGUGAUGAUGGUUUUGAACCGGCAUGUUUGGAUUCUGAAAACCCCAUGCCGGAAGAAGGAACUCAACCCAGUACUUCGAAGCAGGUUGUUCCUGAGGUUAAAAAAAAACAUUCGAAAAAAAAUGUGGGUGAGAAAGUAAUCCGUAAGCUAACCGUCACCAGAACAAAUGAUUUUGAUGCAAUGCUUCAAAGAAAGGCUGCACAUCGUAUUGCUUUGAAAAAUAAGUUAAAAAGUUUUGAGUUGACAAAUGAGCAAUGUGCCAACUUAGUCGGUAGAAUGUUUGACGCUGCUCAGGAAGAUGUGGAUCUAUACAAUAACAAGCAACCGGCUGUUAAGAAAGUUGCAAUGCUCAAGGAAAUUAAUGCCAUCUUCUCGCGCCCAUUCCAAGAAAUAAUGUUAGACUACAAUAUUUUGGGUGCGCUCACAGCUUGGAUAACUCCUAUAUCUGAACAUAACUUACCUUAUUACCCGAUACGGGAAACUGUGCUCAACGCGCUACUUAAGAUUCCAUCAGUUGAUAAAGAUGACUUGAGAGCUUCGUGUGUGGGCAAGGCAGUUACUUUCUUAAGUAAGCAUCCUGAUGAAACUUUGGAGAACAAAAGGAUGUGUAGGAAGCUUUUAGACAAAUGGGCAAGGCAGUUGUAUAACAUUGAAAUAGAUUAUAGGGCUUUAUCGACUGAAGAGCGCAUGGCAAGGGAUUUGUCGUAUGCUAAACCAGUUCCUAAGGUCGCUGUUGUUAAUAAUGCUAAACAGUCAUCAGGAGGUGGAGUAGCUAAACCUAGCUUUGACAAUUUGUUUAAAUUGGAAAGCAAUGAUGGUGACAGUGAAAAACCUGAUUACAAAAAGUUGCGCACUAGGAUUCCUCUGCCGUGCAAUAAGCUUUUCGUAAACCGGCCAAAAAAUAAAGUGGAUAUAGUUUCAAGCUAUGAAAAGUCUAAAUGCGAAGAAGCUUAUGACAGAGUCGUGAAAAAUUUUCUCAAUCAUAAGAAGGUGAUGAUUAAAAGUACCAAAUGUGGUUCCAAAAAUUUCUUUUAAAACUCACAACAUCAAUAACAAUUAAUAUAUUUGCAGCAUCAUGAACUAUAUACUCAUUUACCAAAUAUCUACAUUUUUCUGAACCCAUAUUUAUAUUGCAUAUCUCUGUAACUUUAUUAAU